AUGGUGGAGGGCCCUGCGAAGCGCCAGCGUGUGGACGAGAACUCCGAACCGAACAGGCAGAGCGUGACUGAUGAGCAGAAGGCCAUUGUGGAAAAGAACCGGCAGGUGGCGCUAGCGCGGCGCAGCGCCCAAACCGAGCAGAGGAUCCGGCAGAAUCGUGAGGCUGCGUUGGAGCGAAGGCGUCAACGCCUGGAGCUCUUGAAAGGCAGCCAAGAAUGCCAGGACGUUCUGCAGAAUAUCUCCAAUCAGAGUGGAGAGGACUUGCAGCAGCCCACCUCCAAAGAAGAUGACGCAGGGAAGCAGGAGGUGCUGCAGAACAUCUCCAAGGAAAAGGCUCAAUUCAAUCAGAGUGGAGAGGACUUGCAGCAUCCUACCUCCAAAGAAGAUGAGGACAGACAGGAGCAUGCGUUGCUGAACAUCUCCCAGAAACAGGCUGAAGUGAAUCAGAGUGGAGAGGAGAUCUCGCAGCAAGAUGCGGCCACGCUGGCCAUGGCUCAGGACCAUCAGCCCACCCAUGAAUCGUCCGCAGUCGAGGACAUGGAGGAAUCUUCUGAGUGUGCCUUCGAGCUGACAUCAGGUUCUGAGUCCAGCCUGAGCUCUCGUGAGUCCAGCCUGAGCAGCUCUGAAUCCUCCAGCUCGGAGAGUUCAGGAGAGGAGGAAGACAAAGAGGAAGAUCAGGAUCAUCAGGAGAUUCUUGCAACAGCAAAGACAGAGGACCUCGAAGAGGAUCUUGUAGAACAGGAGGAGGACGAGGGUCCAGUUGAUCUCAAGAUCUGUCGCGAAGCACGACCGCGUGGCGAACCAGAGUGCUGCACCCAACGAUGGGCGCCAGUGGAGUUGCAAGGUCUAAGCACCGGUGAGGUGCCAGCAGCAAAGACGCGCGAGCGCAGUGCGAAGCAGGCGCUAGUGGCCAAGCUUCUCUGCCGCUGGUGGUAUGUUCUCCCAGAUUGGCCGCCCAAGGACUUUGACUACACGGCUGCGUUGGCCGAAGCAGGUUUUCGCGCGGUGUCAGUGGAAGAGUUCGAGCAGGAAGCAGAGCUAGAGGGCAACUUGAGGAAGGUCUUUGCUUUGCCAAACGGCUAUCCUGGACUCUACCGCGAUGAGCAGGGCUGCUUGAUUGACGUUCGCCCUGUGAAGGGCCGGCCGUCCUAUGAUCAGCUGAUGUUGAGGAGCAAAAGCGAGCUCCACAAACUCCUGGUCUUGGCCUACACCCGACAACUGGAGGUCUUAGAGUCCCGCGCGCGCUCGAAUGAUUUGGAGACGUUGCGACAGCAACUGCGGCAGGAACUGGCACAGGUCGGCAGUACGGAGUUGGAAGACACAUCCAGCAACUCUGAGGCCCCGCCAACGGUGAAGCAGCGGCUCCAAGAGAUUCCACAGGAUCUUGGCCUGCAGAAUCUUCAACUUCUUUUCAAGAAGGACAUGUUGAACCGAUAUCAAGCGAAAGAGGAGGCCUGCAACUUCUUGCUGAAGUGCGAGAAGUUCUUUGCCGACUACGUCGGUAUGAAGUAUGCACUGGCUUUGAACAGCGGUGGGAUUGCCAUCAGCCUUGGCCUAGAAGGUAUCAAGCGGGUGAUCUUUCCGGAGGAUGACGUGGAUCAGAUCCGUGUUUACUCGAACGCCUUUACGUUCAAUGCAGUACCUGCAGCUUGUGUGGUCGCUGGCUUUCGCAACACUCUGAAGCUCAUUGAGGCGACACCCGAGCUGACCAUUGAUCUAGAUCACUGGGAGGCGUGCAUCAAGGAGGACUUGGAGUCCAAGAGAUUUGCACCAGGGAAGAUGAUCCUCGUGCUCUCCUAUAUGCGCGGACGCGUGCCAGACAUGCACAAGGUGAUGGACAUCUGCAAGAAGUACGAGGUGCAACUCUUGGAAGACUCCGCACACGGCUAUGGCUGCUCCUUCGAUGGCCAGAAGUGUGGCUCGUUUGGUGUGGUUUCAACAAUCUCUACGCAGGCGAACAAGCUGGUGAACACCGGUGAGGGUGGUAUGAUUCUUACCAGCAACGAUGCCAUGCAAGCCUUCUUCAUUUUCUCCGCAGGCAGCUAUGAAGAGCUGUGGAAGAAGCACGAAUCUAUGACGCCACCUGAAGAGGUAGCCCUGAAGUUCAAGUACACGACCGUGAACAAAUCGGUGCGGAUGACCAAUAUCCAAGGUGCUAUCAUGUUUCCGCAGCUGAGCGUCAUGGAUGAGCGCAUCGAUCAGCACAACGCGAUGUAUAGUGUUUUGAUGUCAACAACAAUUGAGAAGCUUGAGGCCCUGAAACCUGGAAGCAGCAGACGGGUUUACUUCAUCCCGCAGGUACACGAGCUCGUUGGUCCGGUCUUCGACUCCAUGCAGAUGCAAAUUCGCGACAGCAAUGGGGAAGUAGCUGCAGAGGAGCAUCCGGGCCUGAACGGCUUUUUAAAAGAGAUGCAAGGUCGCAAGCAUGGCAUCGCGAAAUUCUCCGACCCAGCAAAUGCUCGGAAUUUCUUGUCCUGGCAAUAUUUGAAGCCAGAAGAUGUGUUAGCUGACGCGCUCCCCAAAACCACCAAGAACCUCCUGAACGUUUGUGAUCUUCGACUACUUUGUCAUGACACGGAGGCGCACGGAGAGGAUUUCAGAUCACUUCCUCUUGCGCACGUGAGGAUAUGA